UCUCAUUGGAUCUGUGUGGAAACUUUCUCAGUCUCUCGGUGUGUCGGAGCGCAGAGCGGAGCCUCUGUUCCAGUGUCACACAUCUACAGAUGUUUCCACUUUGACCUCCUCCUCCGUCUGUGCUGGAUGCUUACACCCAUUGGCGUCUGAGCAGAAGGGGAGGAUGGAGACAAACAAGAUGGAUGCUCUUCCAAUUACAUGAUUUCCUGUUGACAUGUUAAGCAAUGCAGCAGAGAGUUGGAAGGAAAAUCACCACAUUUCUUCAUCAAAUUCUGCAGGCUAGCCUGCAAACCCAAAUCAGUCUCCACUGCUGUAAGCAAAGCGGCCCCUUUCCACUGCAUUCCUGUUCAAUACCUAGCUGAGGUGUGUCUUCAGAGAAUGCUGAGGAAGAUGGUGACGAUGAGGAGGAUCUUCCAUGUGAAGGGAGAUGUGAUGUGCACGAUGCUGCUACUGGUGCUGUUCUGUCUGCUGCUCUAUGCUCGCCAGGUGGUGCUCUCCUCUGGGUGGGACAGGCCGAUGUGGAAGCUGGAGAUCCAUGGCUCCACCAGCUCCAGCAGGACCUUACUGGGUGCCAGCGGGGCCAAAGCAGGCCAGGAGUCUCCAGAGAUCCCAUCCAGCCCUUCAGAGCCACAGCUGCCUCCCUGCAAGCCCCAGUCCAAGUCCAAACCUCCUCAGUCCAAAUCUAAAUCUCCUCAGUCCAAGUCUAAACCUCCCCAGUCCCAGCCCAAACCUCAGGUCAAAUCUAAGGGGAAAUCCAAGUUGCGACGGAAAAAUGCUGUGCCGACUAAGGCUGCUGGCAAGCCUCUGCCCACAAUGCCACCAUUUGACUUUGAGGGCUAUCUGAGAGAAAAGGACAACAGAAACUUCAAGCUGCUCAUAGACCAACCAGAGAAAUGUCACAUUGAAGGAGCGGAGGAAGAAGAAGGCUCUACUACUUCUCCCUACAUGCUCAUUGCUGUGAAAUCUAUCCCAGCAGAUUUCGAAAAACGGCAGGUGGUUCGUCGGACCUGGGGUAAAGAGGGACUUUUCCAAAAUGGUGUGUCCAUUCGUACUGUCUUCCUCCUGGGGGUUCCCAGGAACCGGUCUGCUCUGCCUCUGUGGGAUCGCCUCUUGAUCUACGAGAGUCAAACUUUUAGGGAUAUCCUGCUCUGGGACUUUGAAGACACCUUCUUCAACCUCACGCUAAAGGAAACACAUUUUCUGGAAUGGGUUAACAGCAGCUGUCCUGAUGUCAAAUUCAUCUUCAAGGGUGAUGCUGACGUGUAUGUUAAUGUGGAGAAUAUCCUGGAGAUGCUUCAAGGUCAAAAGCCAAACAAGGAUCUGUUUGUUGGUGAUAUUAUUAUCCAUGCUAAACCCAUCCGUCGGCGCAGCUCCAAAUACUACGUGCCAGAGUUUGUUUAUGGAGGGGGUUUGUACCCAAAUUACGCUGGUGGAGGAGGGUUUGUCAUGUCGGGACAUACGGCUCGGAGACUUAGCUCUGCCUGUCAACAGGUUGAGUUGUUCCCCAUCGAUGAUGUCUUUCUGGGAAUGUGCCUCCAGCUGAUCGGCGUGAAACCAUCCCGCCACCAGGGCUUCCGGACCUUUGGGAUCCCCCGACCGUCUGCAGCGCCCCACCUCCAGACCUUUGACCCCUGUUUUUAUCGGGAACUCAUGGUGGUUCACAGCCUCAGCGUUCCUCAAAUCUGGCUGAUGUGGAACCUCCUGCACGACCCCAAACUGAGCUGCCACAACAGGACCAGCCCCACAUCCUGGCCCUUUAAGUGGAAGGAUAAGAUCGGAGGAACGGCGGGAGAAGAGACGGACUACGGUGAGAAGCAGGUGUUCGUCACGCAUUAGUCCCUCCCAGCAGGCUGAGUGAUCUGCAUGAGCCCUUACCCAGGACAAAAUGCUUAGAAAGCCGGAUCUGUGGCCAACUUGAAAGGCUUGUGAUGUGUUCAAAAGCACAGUUGAGUCAUAUGAGACUUUAAUCCAAGCUGGCAGAUCAUCUUUGGGGAAAUGAAUUGGCAAAAGCCUAAUGUGCUUCAGAUUUCUGGGUAAAGAAGCCCAAAGAGAGUUUAGGCUUUUGCCAUCCACGCCCAUCUGUGUGUUCAUAUUUGUGAACAACAAACUACACAGCAAGACCAGAGAAGAUUGUGAGAAGACUUUUGAAUGUGUCAUCUUCAGAAUGUAUUGUGUUGUGAAUUGUGUCGUUUAUUGUUUACACCGUAAAUCCACAAUGACAAGUGGUUAGCUGGUUUAACCCUCAUCUGAAUGCAUCAGUGUGUCUGAGAACUUGACUGUUGAUAUACCGACUCACAUCAGACUGCUGAUGGCCGUGUGGACUGGCUGAAUGCAAAGGCGUGUUUUUGUUCUGGUGAGUCAUUAGCAGAGAUAUUGCUCACUCCUUCGUGCUGACUGGAGGCACAAAUGGACAGUCGCAUUAUCUGUUCCCUGGAGGAAUAACAAACGGAGUCAAAAUGGAAACCAGCUGCACAGUGGGAACCAGCUGGGACCUUAGCUCACACACACAAACUCUGCUGCAUGUUUGUGGAAAAAGCCUGAUAAUUGAGGAGUCAGGCAUGUGGACAUGAUGUGAACACUAUCAUUACUAUAAUUAUAAGGAUUUGAUUUGUUUUGCAUACUUCUGUCUUUUCGUUUAAAACUCUUUAUAUCUUUAGACUCAUCUGAUUUCAAAAUGUUCAAGGUUACUGCAUUUUGCCACAGCAACACAUGCUCCCUGUGUACUGGAUGUGCUUUUUUAAUUAAAGGGUUGUAGGUCUUCAGGGCAUCUACAAGAAACUGAAUGUUUA